CCUCUCUCCUCACGCCUCACAUCGUUGUUCAUGAAGGUGACUUCCCAUUCACUGAAUCAUUUCCUCGACCCCCCGCGGCGCCCCCUCCUGGUUCUCCACUAUACUACGCUCCUCCACAACAGCUCUGGCGACCCGCUACCCUUUCCUCUUGCCGCGGUCCAGAUCUACGUACCGGCAGUCGGCUUUGAAAAAAAACAGAAGAGACCCGAUGAUUUCAGGCUACCAAAUCUAUAAGUAGUGUAUCGAGCCCGACUCGAACAUCCACUCAUUCUUCUCUUACCAUCGACCCAAAUCUUUCAGCAACAUGUCAACUGAGGCUCCUUCCUGGAAGACCUGGCGUAACAGCGCCGACCCCAAGUGGUGGCGCGACGCAGGCUUGCGCAAGUGCAUGUUCAACAUCCUCAUCCUCUACGGCUCCGUCUUUGCUAAUGGUUACGAUUCUGGAUUAAUCAGCUCGGCACAAGGAUUACCUUCGUGGAUUACCUACUUCAACAAUCCGCACGGGGGUGUGUUGGGUGCGAUGGUUGCCGCCUACUCUUUCCCUCAGCUUGUGUUCCCUCUCCUUGCAUCUUUCCUAUCCGACAGGUAUGGCCGUAAACCUUUGAUCUUCACGGCUUCGGUCUGUGGCAUCGCUGGACCUAUGCUGUCCGGCUUUGGUAAUUCGAAAGGCACAUACAUUGGAGGUCGUCUAGUCACUGGGAUUGCUUGUGCAGUUUUCCAGGUCACUGCAGCGCCAUUGAUUGCAGAGAUCGCACAUCCUCGGUUCCGUGCUUUCGUGACGGGAUCCUUUCUCUCGACGUACUUCAUAGGUUCUAUCGUGGUCGCCUGGAUCGGUUUUGGUUUCGUUCACUGGAACUCUGAGUGGGCAUGGAGGACCGUCACCAUCCUCCAGUGCUUGGGCUGUAUUCCCCUCCUCUUCUGGUCGGUCACUCCGUGGAUGGCUGAGUCGCCUCGAUACCUCGUCAAGAAAGGUCACCAGGAGAAAGCUCUAUCGAUUCUUGCCAACUUUCAUGCCAAUGGCGACAAGGAUGACGAGCUAGUGGUGAAUGAAUUCCGUGAAGUCGUUCUUGCUGUCGAGCUCGACCGUCAAGCCGCUCAAUCGAGCUAUUUGGACUUCUUCCGCACGAAAGGGAACAGAAAGAGGUUGUGGCUUGUCUGCUGGGUUUCAUGGACUACUUCUAUGGCUGGUAAUAACUUGGCCGCUUACUACCUGGUUCCUAUUCUGGAAUCAGCGGGUAUCACGGACUUUGCCAAGCUGCAAGGUAUCAGUGCCGGACUCUCUGGGGCUGCAUGGUUCACUGCUCUUGCCGGUGCUCAGGUUUUCGAACGAUUAGGUCGACGGAAGACAAUCUUUAUCAGUUUUGCUGGAAUGAUCGUCUUCUUCUCCCUUACCACUGGAUUAUCCGCUGGCUACGUCAAUACAGGCAACGUGUCCAUCGGUAUCGCUGUCAUUCCUGUUCUCUACCUCUUUUUGCUCUUCUUCGUCUUUGCCUUCAACCCCGUGGCCUAUCUAUACCUACCCGAGAUCCUUCCGUAUCAACUUCGAACCAAGGGCAUGGCUCUUUUCUCGGUGCUGUCAGCCGGUGGUCAAGUCUUCAACGCCUAUGUGAAUCCUAUAGCCCUCGCGGCCAUCGCCUACAAGUACUACAUUGUUUUUAUCGUUUGCGACGCCAUCGCCGCUGUCAUUGGAUAUUUCAUUCUAGUCGAGACCAAGGGACUAACGCUUGAGGAAAUAGCGGCGUGCUUUGAUGGGGACGAGGCUCUCGUCUCAGGUGGACACGACGGCAAGGUUGCCAUCGAUCACUACGAAGAUGAGAAGGUUUUGGAGAGUGGAAUGCCGGCUCUCGCCACGGCCAACAACGACAGCUAGGGUCGGACAUGUUUGGCUGGGUUCAUAGGGAUUCAUAGGGAAUAAUCUCAAACGUGUAUGGAUUGCUUGCUUUCUUGACG